AAACGUAUCAUUACCGACAGAUUCAUAUGCAACUGUCCUUCUUUCCCAGAUUUCCUUUUUUCUUUCAGACUCUCCGACUCUAAGCUCCGACCUUUGAUUUUCAACAAUUUUCGCUAAUUUAAGCGCCAAUAAGCUAGGACGAGUAUUCAAUACGUGCUUCUUUUUUUAACUAUAUUUAACCUAGAACGUUAGCAGAUUAAGUGGAUCCGGAUCACGAUUGACGAACAAAAUUCAAAAGGAAAAAUGAGUGAGAACCCCAAGUUCCAGCUGGGGACAAUAGGUUCUUUGAGUUUAUCAGUGGUCUCCUCGGUGUCCAUUGUUAUUUGCAACAAGGCUCUUAUCAGCACUCUAGGUUUCACGUUUGCCACAACUUUGACAAGCUGGCAUCUCCUGGUCACGUUUUGUUCUCUUCAUGUGGCCUUAUGGAUGAAAUUGUUUGAGCACAAGCCUUUUGAUGCCCGAGCUGUUAUGGGAUUUGGUAUAUUAAAUGGAAUAUCCAUUGGGCUUUUGAAUCUUAGUUUGGGAUUCAAUUCCGUUGGUUUCUACCAGAUGACAAAACUGGCAAUUAUCCCCUGUACUGUUCUUUUGGAGACUUUUUUCUUCAGGAAGAAAUUCAGUAGGAACAUCCAGCUUUCAUUGGCCAUUCUUCUUUUGGGUGUUGGAGUUGCAACUGUGACUGAUCUUCAGCUCAAUCUCCUGGGUUCGAUCCUUUCUCUGCUGGCAGUUGUUACUACAUGCAUAGCUCAAAUUAUGACUAAUACCAUUCAGAAGAAGUUCAAAGUAUCUUCAACCCAACUUCUCUACCAGUCUUGCCCUUAUCAGGCGAUAACUUUGUUCAUUAUUGGCCCAUUCCUGGAUGGGCUUUUGACUAACCAGAAUGUUUUUGCUUUCAAGUAUACCCCGCAAGUGCUGUUCUUCAUUGUUCUGUCCUGCCUGAUAUCUGUCUCUGUCAACUUUAGUACAUUUCUGGUAAUUGGAAAGACAUCACCAGUCACCUACCAGGUCCUAGGACAUCUGAAAACAUGCCUUGUUUUGGCCUUCGGUUAUGUUCUAGUUCAUGAUCCAUUUAGCUGGCGCAACAUUUUGGGGAUCUUGAUUGCUGUAUUUGGAAUGGUCCUUUAUUCAUGUUAUUGCACUGUUGAGAACCGGCAGCAGAAGGCUAGUGACAUAUCAGCAGAACUGUCACAGGUUAAGGAAAGUGAAUCUGAUCCACUGAUUAGCGUGGAUAAUGGCAGUGGGAUCUUGAGUGAUGGUGUUGUUCCAAAAGCUCCUGUAUGGAAUUUGAACAAGGACCUGCAUGCAUAAAAUCUUCCCAAUGUUAUAUUCAUUUGUUCCAGAUGAAAAAUUAGUGAUCAAAACUGUACCAGCAAUGAAGAUGUUGCUGGUAAGGGUGACUUAUCUGUUGUCCAGCAACAGUUGGGGUUAUUUUGGAGAUGACAACUUACAUAGAAUUUUAGUUUCAAGAGUGGAAGGAAAUGCGAAAUGAUAUAGCAGUUUUGGUUGUUAGUUGUGUAUAAAGGAUUCAUGCAUGGGAAUGGAAUGCAUACCAGAAUUUGAUUUGUUAGAUGAAGGCGUAUUCUCAUUUUCAUUUUGAUAUUCAAAAUGUACCUUUCGGGUCCUCUUUGGCGAAGUGAAGGAUGGUAACUCUUUGACUCUGAAAACUCUCUUUCAUUAUGGCGUCCCUGUUCACCACACUGCUUCAUAAGAAUCCAAAUGGGAAACGAGAACAGCAGAACUUAAUGGUUAUUCUUGUUUCUGCUUUUUUUUUUUUUUUUUGGUAAAAAGGACAAACUAUGAUAACCAAGAAGCUAUACGUAUGCCUGUCUGAUUACUUUCAACGGCAUUGUAAAUGAUGCCCUGGUGGUCGUUAUGCUGAGAUAUAUAGUUCGGUUUUAAAAUUUCUAUCCACGUGAUGUUUCUCCCUUUACAGAGGUUCAACAUCCAUGCCAUGUCUGAUGUUCCUAGCCAGUGGAAACUCUCACAGGAUCGGGUUAAAUGGGUUAAAGCUUUUAGCUCAAUGCUUUUUGAAGUGUAAAUUCACUCUAGCAAAAAUCACUU